GACAGUGUGCCAGCACACACCGCCGCUCCACACACACUGUUGCAGAGUCCCUCUGCUCCUCAUACCACCACCCACACCUCAGGGUAGUUUGGAGUCUGUAGACCACCCAAGGGCUCAGGACACUGCACGCUGGGAGGCCUGGGUGGGUGAAUGCACUGAAGGAUGGCCGUGUUUUGUAAAGCUGUGGCAGAUGGACUACUCCUCACUUUGAGCCUCGCUCUGCUGGGGUGGGGAGCUGAGGGCCAAGGAAACGGACGGGGUAUGAGGGAAGUGUCAGGCAGGGCUACCGUCUACCUCGGCCAGGACAGAGACAUCUGGAGGCCACUGAUCCACACAACAGUCAACCUCAGUGAGAUCAGCAGCAUCAAGUCGUCCUUUCAGGUACGGACGUUUGACCCAGAAGGCAUCAUCUUCUACGGGGACACCAAAAACGGAGAGGACUGGUUUGUUUUGUCCCUGAGAGACGGGAUCCCUCUGAUGCAGAUUAGCAAAGGAGACAUGCUCGUCAGCGUGGUAGGCGGCCCCAAACUCAACGAUGGGAAGUGGCACACUCUGGAGGUGAGCAACCACGGGAAGUUUGUGAUUCUCGAGGUGGAUGGCUCCGAUGGGCUGGUGGUGGGCAUGCAGUCCAAACAGACAGAGGAGGUCAUUUCAGGUCAACUCCGAUUGGCUCUUGGCGGGAUCCUGAUCGACAAGGAAAAGAUGAUUGUUCAGUUCGAGCCGCAGAUGGACGGCUGUGUGCGGGAAGGCAGCUGGCUAAACAUCAGCGUCCCCUGGGAGACAGAGGCGGAGGAGCUCCGGCCCUGCUAUCAAAACAUCCAGCCUGGCAGCUACUUCCCUGGCACUGGGUUUGCCAUUUUCAACACCUCAGUUUUCCCCACUGAGGCAGAUAAUGAGGUCAAGAUUGAAUUGUGGGGAGAUUUCAGUCAGAUGGAUGGGACCAUUUUGAGCAUCAACGCUCCUGGGCAAGAGCUGAUGUUCGCUUUAAUGGUCAAUAAUAACACAAAGGAGAUCACAAUCUUCGCCAAAGAUAAGACCACUACUAAAAACUAUUACAAAAGACUGGCGAUAACCAUUCAGGCAGAUUCACUGACAGUGAUUCAGGAAGACGAUGAAUCCACCUCAAUCUCUAUAUUCCACCACCCUGGUUAUUUGACCACAUGGAGAGAGGGCCGUCUAGCCAUUGGAGGUCUCCUGGGAGAAGGUGAGGACAAUGUUGGCUCCCAGUUCCUGACAGGCUGUCUGAAGAAAAUCCAGGUCCAAGGGAAGGAUUUGGAUCUGGAUUUAGCUGUCAAACACAUGUCGAUCUCCUCCCACAGCUGCCCUGCAUAGAAAGUAUGCGUGUACAGAUGUUUCCAGUGGAUGCCUCUGGGUUGAAAUGACUUUAAAAAUACAAAGUAUGUAAAGUGAAAAAUUGCCAACGAAAUGUAAUGUUGUUAGGGAGCAUCACAACACCCUGAUAAGCACUGAGGUUUCUUAUCAGGCUGCUCAUCCUGUAGUCAAAAGCCGUGUUAUAUCAAUUAACCUCUAAAAUGUGGAGGAUUUACUGUUAUACUGUAAUAUUCAUGUUUUUAAAAUUGAUAUCUCUUCCACAAGCCCCAUUUUAACAGAAUAUACAGAUUAAUCUGAGAAAUGUGAGUCAUUUUCUGACCUUGGUACGUGCAACAGCAUGUUUCUGAAUAAAAUACAAUUAUCUUUAAUAUA